GUGGUUUGGAGAGAGAACUAGGGUUGUUUGCUUAAACAGUUUCCUUCCCCUUUUCAACUGACAGACAAACUAAAAAGAUUAAAGGACGGUCUCUUCUGCACAGAAAGGCACUGACCAGAGCUUGGUAAAAAUGACAGAAGAUCACCCUGUCGCUCAUGACCUUGAGGACGAUGAAGAUGAAUUGGAUGGGAAAUUGAAUUACAAACCACCACCACAAAAGUCACUACAAGAAAUUCAGGAGCUUGACAAGGAUGACGAGAGUUUAGCCAAGUAUAAAAAAUCAUUGCUGGGAGAUGGACCAGUGGUAUUAGAUCCAAAUGCCCCAAAUGUGACUGUAACCCGUCUUACACUGGCUUGUGAAACUGCACCGGGACCAAUUACAAUGGACCUUACUGGAGACUUGACAAACUUAAAGAAGGAGACAUUCGUUUUGAAAGAAGGCGUUGAAUACAGGGUGAAAAUCCACUUUAAAGUGAACAAAGAGAUUGUUUCUGGAUUAAAGUAUGUACAGCACACAUACAGAACAGGAGUAAAAGUUGCCAAAGCUACAUUUAUGGUGGGCAGUUAUGGUCCAAGAACAGAAGAAUAUGAGUUUUUAACCCCCAUGGAGGAGGCACCAAAAGGCAUGCUAGCUCGAGGAACCUACCAUAAUAAGUCGUUCUUUACUGAUGAUGACAAUCAUAAUCAUCUAACUUGGGACUGGAACCUGUCCAUUCGAAAGGAGUGGAAUGAAUAAACCCUCUUUUCUAAAGAUACAAUCCAAAUCCCUACAUGUGGUCUAUUGCCUAUGUAUUGUGGAACCCAAAAUGAAUAUCGUGCUUGCUUGUAAAAAACCUAACCUCAGAGCUUACUGUGUUUUCAAUUAACUGCAUUGUAUACACAUACUUGAGAACUCACCAGGUUUUAUCUGGACUCUUCGGGUCAAGAGCUGUUUCUUUGGGGCUCAUAGGUCUUAUCUUCAAUCUUUCGUCAGUGGAGCGUUAUUUGGUUGUGCCCAAUUGCCAUCCCUUUAAAUCCUAGCUAGAGCUAACCUGACCCUGUAUGACACCCCAAGUGCAACCGCACCAACAGCAGAGAAAGGCUUUAGGCAGCCAACCCAAGGGGGUUUUUAAGUAUGUGUAUACACCAUCUGUAAUACAAAAGAAUAAUAUAUUCUAUGCUGAUUUUAAUAUAAUAAAUGUUUUGGAUUUUGAAUGUAUUACUUUUUACAAACAUAUUAAUAGCACAUGAGAAGACAUUUCAGAAUUAAAAGUGGUAACAUUCUACAACUUCCUAUCGGUGUGGCUUAAACAAUAUAACAUAAUACACACAUGCACAUAUGUAUGCUUUUGAAAAACAGUUUCUGCUUUAUCUUCAUGGAAAAAUAGGAAACAAAGCUUAUGUUGUGUUGGUAUUUUAGCAUUGAUAUUUCAUUAAAAUACAUUGGUUCUAA